GUGACGUCUCGGGGGCGCCCCGCAUCCACUUACCCGGCGGCAGCGCAGCGAUGGCGGCUCCUCCGGAGUCCUCGGUGGACGACCCACUGGGGAGUUUUGUGCGAGUUUUGGAGAAGCGAGAUGGCACCGUGUUACGGCUGCAACAGUAUGGCUCCGGCGGCGUGGGCUGCGUGGUGUGGGAUGCUGCCAUCGUCCUUUGUAAAUACCUGGAGACGCCGGCGUUUUCCGGCCAGGGUCGGGACCACACGCUGAGCCGGCGGUCGGUGCUGGAGCUGGGCGCUGGCACGGGUGCGGUGGGGCUCAUGGCCGCUACCCUCGGGGCAGAUGUGGUAGUCACCGAUCUUGAGGAAUUGCAAGACUUGCUGAAGGUGAACAUAAAUAUGAACAAGCAUCUUGUUACUGGUUCUGUUCAAGCCAAGGUACUGAAAUGGGGGGAAGAAAUAGAAGACUUUCCUUCUCCACCAAACUACAUAUUAAUGGCUGACUGCAUAUACUAUGAGGAGUCUUUGGAACCAUUGUUGAAAACCCUAAAAGAUCUCAGCGGAAUUGAUACUUGCAUUAUAUGUUGUUAUGAACAGCGAACAAUGGGGAAAAAUCCAGAAAUUGAGAAAAAAUAUUUUGAGCUCCUUCAACUAGACUUUGACUUUGAAAAAAUUCCUUUGGAAAAACAUGAUGAAGAAUAUCGAAGUGAAGACAUUCAUAUAUUACACAUCAGAAAGAAAAAAUCGAAGUUUCCAUCAUGAGAUCUUCAUCACCUUACCCAAGCCUCUAACAACCUGGGUAAGCUAAAGAUGUGAUUGGAGCAUGUGCACAUAGCAUCAGCAUGGGAAGAUUGUGUUCACAGAUUUUUCCAGCAUGACUUAGAGUUUCAUGUAUAGACAACAACCACCAUGGUCUGUCUGCAGUAUGACAAAUGACUGCCUGCCUGCCAGUGGAUCUGAAAUACAACUUCUUUAUAGAUCAGCAUCAAGUUCUGCUUCAAAGAAACAUGUAUCAGUCACUCCUCAAAAACAGAUGAUGAGGUUAGAUAAUAUCUGCUAAAAAUAAACAGUGAAAUAGCAUGACAACUUGUAAUAUUUCCAGGAAACAAGAGACAAAUAAAUUAUACUUUUAAAGAGAAAUAUCUAUUAGUAUAUAGUGAUGUCUAAAUUCAAACCAGUACAUUUUAGUCUUUAAGAUAGAUAUAUUUAACAAGAAAUGUCAAGUUAAUAUAUUAAUGUGAUAGGAUUCAUCAGAUGUAUAUCUUAAUACUUUUUUGCUUUUAAGAUCAUUCUGACAUGUACUUUUACUUUUAAAAAACUAAAAUUGUUUGUAGACCUAUAUUGGCAAAAGUUUUAAUUUUUUCGCCAUACAUGUCUAUGUAAGUAAAUUACAUUGUAGUGAGUCAGUAGGAAAGAAAGUGAGAAAUCUGGAUUGAAAGGGAGAAAAGGUACUUUUAUAAAAUGUUUUGUUUGAAAAUGGGGUGAGAAAAACAAUUUCAGGCUCGCAUUUGUAUAACUUAGUGUGCUUGUUUUGUGUAUGUCUGUUGAGAAAAUCUGACUAAAAACACUGUAAGUUAGCUUGUUUACGUUGAACAGAAAGGUUUUUUAAUAACUACAAAUGUUGUUCUAUGUAUACUUGCCAAAUUAUUAUGAUUCUGUGUGGUCUGCUUUGUUAAAUCAUCUCACAUAGACUGAUCUCUCCAGAAUUUCAGACAAAAUGUCAAGAGUAAUAGUAACUAGACAGAAUUCUGGUUUUUACAGACAUUGGUGCUAGGUAGCAAUUCUAUGUGUUAAAAUAAACAUUGUUUUUGAGA